AUGCUCGCAAACAAAGACCCUGAUCUUAGCACUGAUGAUGAGAUGGAAGAGUGUGAAGAUGAUGAAGAGUCCCACUGGUCUUCCCAAUACUCCUACUACCAACUUUCUCCACACUACCCACCCCCUCCAAGCCCUUCAUUCCCUUCUUCGUGCUAUCCAUCCCUUUUAAGCUUUGACCAGCCCAAGCACCAGUUCCAGCCCCUUGAACAUGAACAGUAUGCAACUCCUGGGCCCUCCAAUAGGGAUGCAAACCCUUCUCCACGUUACAUGCCCCUUCUGAGCUUCAGCCAGCCUGGGCAUCAGUUCCAGCUCCCUGAGGAUGAGUGCUAUGCAACUCCUGGACCUUCCAAUAGGGAUGUGUUCCUUCCUUCAUGCUACGCGCCCCCUCCGAGCUUUGGCCAGCCUGGGCAUCAGUUCCAGCUCCCUGAGGGAAUUCAUAAAGUUUUUGUCUACAACCCUGGCUGUCCAAUGGAGGGCCAUCGAGGACAGCUUAUCUCAACCGGCAUUAUCAAAGCUACAAACGAGACUACUGUGUCAGUGCCACUCCCACCUUCAUGGGCACUGCCACCUCCCUUUACUCCUCCAUCAGCCGCAAUGAAUCUAGACCCCACUGACCACAUGCCUGAAGCUUCAGAACAGCCUAACCCUCCCCAACUCUUGACAUUGAUGGACCAGAAAGAGGUUAUGAAGGAAGCGAAGCAGGUCAUGCGGCAAAAAGUCUUACUUGAAAAUGCAAUGCCAGACACAGCUACCAAUAUGGCCAUGGCUCAAGCAACUCUUUUGGAAGCAGUAAAACGCAUAGUCCCCACUGUAUCGCCAAACACCUUAACAAUCUGCACCAUCAUGACAACUGUGUGCACAGCCUUCAAGAAGGAGGAAGAUCCUAACAUACAGUCACCUGUGAACCACCCAGCAGUGAUCACAACAAUAAUUCGUGCUGUGUGGGGAGGUAUCCUGCAUGAAGCGCUCAAUUUUGAUGACAUCAACACUCUUGACAACUUGGUUACCCUCGGAGGCGCUGCAGUAGGCUCUAGUUUGAUGGAGUACGAGGAAGGGGUGCACAAGACUGUUCAGUUUGCACCUGCAUCACGGUCUGCGGCUUUACUCACUCGGGUAAAUCAAAGUCCGCUCGACGAGCGGUUUCAAGUUUUAGAUGCUAGAAAAGGCUCCAAGUAA